UGAUCCUCCCCCGCCACCCAGAUCCGCAAGAAAAGAGCCCCCCGGCGCCGCCAAAACGCUCCGGCCGCGCCGGUCGCCCUCAACGACGCCGUCAACCAUCAGGAACACCUGGCGGCGUCUAGUACGUUGGUGAGCUUGACGACAACUGUUAAUGGGGCAAUGAGGUGAAGCUCUAUGAGCACCAAGUAGACAAUCUCUUUGCUAUGUUUUGGCACAAAAAGCCGGACAUCAACUACUACGUCUGCACAAUCAACAAGACGUUUGCCAAACCAGGCCAGCGCAUGUAUUUCCAGGUUAACUAUACUGAAGAGAACCUGCUCGACUACAUUGAUCCAAACAAUGAUACACUCAUGGUCAGACUUGCAGAUGGCCAUUUGCUCGCCAAGUGUUGCAUCAUGGUAGCAAGUGACAAGAGGGCCACUAUAACCACCAACUGGUCUGAGUUUUGUCGUCGCGCCAACAUUCGUGAAGGAGACAUCUGUGCAUUUCGUUUCAGGAUCACUUCAAAGCGCCGCCUGGUUCUCACCGUGCACCGCCUCUAGAUGCACAAUUGAAGACGUUGCAGCCCCUGUGUCAAUAUAAUCUAAUAUAAUGCACUACUAAGUACUCCUAAUUAUGCUAUAUCAUGUCAUGACCUAUGGUCCUCUUUUGUGCACUCUUAUAUCAUGGUUUUCAAGACCUAAUACUUAUGUUA